AGGUUUCGCACCGGAUGUAAGUUCAUAUUUACCAUUUUGAGAGAAGGAACUUUGUUUGUGUAGGGGUGGGAAUUGUCUGGAUUUAGGAUGGUAAAACGAAAGAAUUUGAUUGAUUCAGACAGUGGUGAGAGCGAUGAAAGUGGUUCAGAUCUAGAUUCUGAGCUGCUGUCCCUUGCAAAGAAGAAGAAAACUAAGCAACAAGAUGAAUUUCCAACUGAAAACAGUAACAAGAAGCCUGAGAAUACUUUCACUGACUCCGAUACGUCCGAUUCUGACGAUGACUGGGAUGCGCGGGGUAGCAGCAAAAAGAAGAAGAAACCGAAGCCGGCGAAAAGGACAGGAAAGCGAACCGUCACAAAAUCAUCUGGUAGUGACAGUGAUAGCAACAAAGUAAAGAGUUCUGAGCCCGAAGAAGGUGAGGUCUCAGACACAGAUGGAAGCGACUCCGACAGCUCAGCUCUGAGUCAAGAGGAGUUUAACGAUGGCUACGAUGAGAAUCUGAUGGGCGAUGAAGAAGACCAGGCUCGACUUGCGCAGAUGACGGAAAAAGAACGAGAGCAAGAGAUUUUCAAGAGGAUUGAACAACGUGAAGUAAUGAAAACUAGGUUUGAAAUUGAAAAGAAAUUGCGGUUGGCAAAAAAACAAGAAAUGAGGAAAAAGCGAGACCAGGAGAAGAAAAGGGAGGAGAAAAUGGAUGCAAAAGAAAGGAGUAAAGAACGCAAGAAGACGGUGGAAGAGAAUAGGGGUAAAGUGGAUAAGAAAGCUGCAGCGAUGAAUUUGCUUAAAGCCCGGCGUGAAGAGAGACGAGAACGAGAGGAGAAAGAGAAAUUGCAGCGUAUGGAACAAGAAAAGCGCCGUGAAGAAGAAAAAGAGGGUGUUGAGGGAGAGGAAGAAGACGGCGAGCAGCCAGAGGAAAAGUCGGGCAGUUCAAAAACUAAACUCAAAGCGUCCGAUAUAUACUCGGACGACAGUGGGUCUGAAAGUGACAAAUCAGACAAAGUUGAAAGUAGAAAAAGAAGUAGCAGUAGCAGUUCCAGGAGCAGCAGCGACUCGGAAUCAGAUAAGAAGUCUGUAGCCAGUUCACGUACAAAAUCUAAGAAAGUACAGUAUGUUACGAAAAGAGAAGACUUGAACAAGAUACGAUUAUCGAGACAUAAAAUGGAAAGGUUUGUUCAUCUUCCGUUCUUUGACAGAGUCGUGAGGGGGUGCUUUGUACGAAUAGGAAUUGGCAAUCACAAUGGAAAGCCUGUUUAUAGGGUGUGUGAAAUCAGUGGUGUUUGUGAAACUGGAAAGAUAUACCAACUCGGAAGCACAAGAACAAACAAAGGCUUGAAACUUAGACACGGUACUCAGGAGAGAGUAUUCAGGUUAGAAUUCAUCAGUAACCAAGAUUUCACAGACAGCGAAUUCAUGAAGUGGCGAGAGACAUGUGCUGUGCAGGGCGUCCCGAUGCCGACCCAUGAUGAACUGGACCAGAAACUCAAGGAUAUCAAAGAAGCCAUGAUCUAUGAGUUUAAGGAGGAAGACAUUGAAAAAAUCGUGCGGGAAAAGGAAAGGUUCAAAACAAACCCCUACAACUAUGCAAUGAAGAAAACGCAGUUAAUGAAGGAAAGGGACAUGGCGCAAUCAAGGGGGGAUGACGUAGAAGCAAGCACAAUUCAGCAGAAACUUCAGGCGCUUGAAGAAAGAGCUGAAGAGUUGGACAAACUGCGCACCUCUACUAUCUCCAGCAUCAGCUACAUUAACGAUCGGAACCGCAAGAAAAACGUGGAAGAAGCUGAGAAAGCCAUCAUGGAAGAGGUGAGGAGAAACAAAGGUAAGAAAGCAGAUGACCCAUUCACGCGACGUAGCACCAAACCUCGGAUGGUGUUCAAAGUACACGACCAAGAAAAUAUGGAAGAUGGACAAUUGAUACUUGCUGCAGAGGUAAUCAGGGAGGAAGAUGAAAGGAGCAGGCUAGCAAUUGAAGCUGCGAUGACGAUAACACCGAGCAGGCAGCAAGAAAGGGAACCCGAGAAGAGAAAAGAGGUAGCAAGAGGAGGAAGCAAAACAGAUGAUCUCUUUUCUGCUCAUGAUUUUGACAUCAAGAUAGAUUUAGAAGUCCCAUUACCUAAUAACCCAGUUAGCGUGACGCCAAAACCAAUGAACAUGGUUAAGGACACGGGACCUAGGCGAUCCUUGAACCUCGAGGACUACAAAAAGAAAAGAGGACUCAUCUGAAAUUUGUUCAUUGUGCAUGUGUUUUUGUUGUGGACGUGCUACGUCGCCACCGUCAUGAUCAUCAAGAAAUAGACCUCUUCAUUGCCAUAGCAUUAAAAUUUCAGGUAUACUAUAUAUUUCACAGUUAGCGGCUACAAGUUGCACAUCUGUGGACCGGUCAAUGACGUAUUUACUACGAACUGCGGGGAUGCGUCAGUUCGGUUCUGAAUUUCGAGACACUUCUGGUUGCUGAUAACAAGACGGGCGGGAAUGAAAACUGCAAUAAAAAUUUGUAAUUGAGAUUAAAUUUUAAUAAUUUAAGUAUCAGCUACGCAAUAUUGUCUUUUACAGACUUAACGUGGCAAUUUUGAUGAACAUGUAAGUGACAUCUGUCUCUCUUAUUGAAAAGUAAGUAAUACAAACUAAAUAUGUUUUUAUGUGACUUUUAUGAUGCUGUGUAACAUUAUGUUCAUAUGUCCUUGAAAUGUUCUUUUGGGGCUGUUGAUAUUUUGAAUCUCAUUUAAUUAAUUUAAAGUCACGUUCGUUGUUCUUAACGCCGAUAGAUUUUACGGUCAUAUUUUUUAAAUUGUCGGCAUUUUUGUUUUUUCAGUUAGGUGUCGAAAGUUAUAAGUAUUUGCUGUAUACUGCCAGCCUUAUAUACAUUUUAAAUACUGAACACGUGAAACUUGAAUUCGCUGUUUUGCUAAAGAGAUAAGAUUAUGCUGAAAGUUUGCUCGUACGGUUGGCAGUGACAAUUGUCAGUUCGCGGUCUUUGCGUAGUAGAAUUAUCUCCGAGCAAACGUUUGAUUGCUUGAAUAGAAGUUUGGUUCAGUUUAAUUAUUCACCUCUUUUGAUUCACGGCUUUGGUCGUAAAUAUUAUCAGUUUCAAAGAAGUCUUCCACUCUGAAGUGUGAAAAAUUUUCAAUUUGCACUUUGUUGAAAGGUUAGGGGUGUUUAUUAGGCCGUGAGGCAUUUUCGUGUCUGUGAGUGUCGAACGAGGAUUAGACGUCUUUUUCCUUUUCAUUUCUUAUAGGGCCGGAAAAGUAUUAAAUUUAAAAUCAAUAGUUACAGGGAUUUUAACGUAUGCAUAAAGUAAACAGUGAGUAUUGUUAGAUUGUUUACUGUCGUUUUACCAACUUUGGAGGCUCGUUAACAUCCAAAGUUCAAUUAGACUCUAAUAAGUAUAGCAGUGUGAUAACAUUAAGCAUGUUAGGUUGGGGUUCUGUUCUCUCUUUUAUUCUUUUUUAAGGGAAGAAUUUGGUGAAUUUGAAGUAAAAGUAAACAUUGAUUAUGUAUAUGUUUUACAUAUUAGAUAUGACGGAAUGCCACCAACAGAUCAAACUGAAACCCCAGAAAAUAAUGUUAUUAUCGUGCCCGUUGACUGGGCCCUCACCACUCUCAUAUUUUUUCUGCGAGCCUAAACUUUUUAAAAAUAUUCUUAAGUCCUUAAGUUUUUGAUUGGUCUUAUCAGUAAGUUGGAAUGUGAAUGGAUGUCAUCAGUGAUGGCUCGAGAUAACCUUUGACAUAAACUGAAAGGUUUAUUUGUCGCUGAUGACAUGAUGAGAACAGAAAAGUGCUGAUAUAAAUUUAAUUAAGUCUCACUCACAAUCUGAGCUGGCGGUAAAACGGCGCAGGUUGUUUUGUCUGGAAACUUUACUGUCCGGUAAUUUUGAGAUCUUACGAGUUUGCUAGUCUAGCAGGGUGUGACCGACGUCACGUCUCUGUCUAAUUUCAAGCUCAGUGGUAUCGUCGCCUGCGUGCGUAUGAAAACACGUGAAUGGCUGGAUGAACUUUCAUAAAAUUUGAUAGGACAUUGUGUUAACGGAGGCUUAAUUUCCUGCAGUUGGUAAUACCAACGUGAUGGAUGUUGAUAGAUGUAAGGUGGGGGGAUUAUCCUCCACAGUGUAACUAUUACUCCUGUUCAUCUGUGACAGAUCACUUGUAAACACAGAGUAACUUGAGAUUGGCCGGACAGGUUUUUGGUGAACACGAUGCUGCUGGAUGCCGUACCAAAAUCGUACUCCGUAACUUCCUACAAUCAGUAAUAUCAACAUGACAGGAACUCAGACUUGUAACUUGGGAGGAUGAUCCUCUGUGAGGAUGUCAUAUGACUCGGUUAUCAGAGCUAUGUUGGUUGUCAUGGUUACAGUAUUAACCAAGGAAAGCAGAUGAUGCAACAAUUAAUAAAUUAAAAACAAUUAAGAAAUUUA